AUGCUGCUCUUCAAGCUACCGGCGCGAUUUCUUGUAGUCGUCUUGGUAUUUGAUGCCGCACUUGCUGUACGACCCGGGAUCACAGUCGAUCGCAGCAGGAGGUUGUCCAGGCUCUUGCAGAAGUUCCUGGCAUCGGAAGACCGACGCAGCGAGUUUCAGGACACCCUGAACACCACCACAGAUGAUCGCUGGCAGCGAGAGAUGUGUGACCAGUGUAACGGUGCCUUCACGAAUUAUUUCAGUGCCUUGCAGACAGCUACGAGGCCCAACUUAGUGGCAGUUGGCAUUAUGAUGCUGGGAGCAAUGCUCACCUGGCUGAUGAUGGACACGGCUCAACUGUUCUUCCUGCCCGCUCUGUUCUACUGGAGCAAGCGGUUGAACUUGUCGUCAGAAAUGGCCGCUGCAACACUGCUGGCAGUCGGCAACGGUGCACCUGACAUGGCCGAUGCUGUGGCUGCUGCACAACUGCAAGACCUGCCGCUGGGUUUGAGUGAUCUGGGUGGUGCCAAUCUCUGCUGCAUGAGCCUUGGCAACUGCAUUUGCUUGCUCGUCGCCUACAUGGCGGAUCCAGAUUCGAAGUCCGUGGUAUUGCAACAUCCAGGACACUACCUGGUGCUGCUAGCUUUCUAUGGCAGUGCCAUUGUAUUGCUGGCAUUCAGCCUCCAGAAGGCUACUGCCAACUUUUGGCAUUUCUGUGCUCUCACAGCUCUGUACGGCGCAUUUUUGCUGUAUUUGCUUGUGCGAAACAAAGUGGAGGAAGCCGAAGAUGCGCACGGAAUGAGCAGAUCGGAUCGCCGAAGGAACAGCUCCACCGACAUAGCGAUCGAGGAUGCAAUGGCCUGCCUGAGUCCACCAGAUUCGGAUUCUUGGCGAGGAUCAAUAGCCUGGGCUUUGCUUCUGCCGUUUACGUUAAUGCGCAUGGUGACCAUUCCUCCGUGCGACUUGCGCUGGGAUACACCCCGGCGGGUUUUCCACACUAUGUGUCCAACAGGACUAUAUCUGCUGUGCCGGCUCUUGGGCUACAUUGCAGCACCGGACUUCAAUGCUGGGGUGGUCACUGCGGUAGCCCUCGCAGUUACGACAGUGUUGAUCUUUCUGACGGGCGGGACCUCAUCUUCGGCAAAGAUUUUAGGACGUCCACUGCCAUGGUUCUAUAACGGGAUGACGUUGCUCGCUCUGGUGUCCUCAAUGCUUUGGCUUUCCGCGCUCUCAAAUGAGAUCACGGCCUCCCUUGAGGCUCUGUGCCGUUUCUACGAGAUUUCAAGACUACGGUCGGGAUUUACGCUCCUUGCUUGGGGUAAUUGCGCUGGCGACCUAGUGGCGGCUUACUCCAUUGCGCUUAUGGGAGAGUUUUCACUCGCCUUCAAUGGACUUGUCGCAGGGCAAUUCUUCAAUACUGCUGUGGGUUUCAGCACCGCGCUGAUGACUGUCACAUGGAGACAUCCGCAAAUAACACUGUUUGCAAACGGCUGGCCUUCGGACAUCAGUCAUCCACUGCUGGCAUGCACGGUCUCGACGCUGCUCGUCGUGGCCACACAAGCGGUGUUCAGCGUGGUGGACCUGCAUGUGCGAAGUCCAUUCUGGGGAGUUGUGCUUGCGGCCGUUUACGGCACAUUCUUCAUCUACAUGUGGCGGAACACGUCCGCGGACGUGCCAAAUCAACAGGCCACUGGCUGA